AUGACAGAGAAUCUACAAGCAGUUCAUUUAUACUCUGGGAUACCUUGGUGGGCACUUAUACCAAUGACUACAAUAACAUUAAGAAGUAUUUGGACAUUACCACUAGCAAUUGCACAGAGAAAACGAAUCCAGAAACAAAGUACGUUGAAGCCGUUAGUAGCCGCCACUAAUCCAGUACUUAAGAUGAAAUUAGCCAGAGAGGUACUGAGACAAAAGAAGGAAACCACACGUAAAACUCAACAAGAAAGUAGAAGCAGUAGCGGUCAACCCACGGACGAACAAAAAGUGUUUCAAGCCCUUCAAGCUCUGAAAGCUAAUCGAGUAGCCAAUCUUAAAUAUGAACAGAUUGUACUCAUGGCAGCUAAGGAGACAAGGAAGAGACAGAAGAAGCUUUUCAGUGAUCAUGGAGUUCAAAUGUGGAAGAACAUGGUAUUACCCAUGUUUCAAAUACCUCUAUGGGUUGGAAUGUCAUUUACGUUUCGUGAUUUAAGUGGUUGGUCAACUUGGGAUGCCAUCAAGAACAAAGCAUUAGAUCCUUCCUUAUAUACUGAGGGGAUAUUAUGGUUCCCAGAUCUUAGUAUCGCUGAUCCGUGGUGUAUAUUACCUGUGGUGUUAGGGGCCAUAUCUAUUUUCAAUGUUGAAUGGACAUUUAAAACAUUGGAGUUGAUGAAAUUAACUAUCAGAAAGGGGAAUCGAAUCACCAUACAAGAUUCUUUGGCAAAUGUGGCAAGAAUGUCAGUGGUAUUUAUGAUGGCUAUAUCACUACAUGCUCCUACAGCUUUAGUACUAUAUUGGAUUAGUUCUCAGGUGUUCUCCUUGGUACAGAAUAUUAUUUUGGAUUUGGUGAUGCCUAUAAGUUAUACUCCCAAUAGGAGAUUCAAUAUAUCUGUCCAGGGGAAGGAAGCAAAUAAUAUUAUCAUGUAA